AUGGUCAAUUCACGCUCAGACGUUGGCCAUAAGUUCGCCAAGUCGGAAGGUGCAGCUUCGUUUUCAGAUAAGUCAAGCAGUGACUUUGAGAUGGAAGCCGGUACACCACAGCGAAAGAAAGCAACAGUUUAUGCAGCAGCAGAUAAGGGGGUACCAACAGGAGAAAUGAAGGUUAAGCCUGGCGAACUGAUAUCGCUGAUGGACGCUGAAGCUCCACCUACCCCUCCGCCUUCUCAUAAACAUCCAUUCCCAACUGGAACAGCAGAUUCACCCGCAACUCCUCUCAGCGUUAACUCCUCUGCGUCCUCGUUUGUAGCAUCCUCGUUAACAUCAGGAGGUUUCUCUAUUCCACUUUUGGGAUCAGAAUCUGGUGCAGGUGCUGCGGCACCGGUCACCUCACGAGGUGAUUCAUCCUCGUUAUUGGAUCUCAACGUGGACGUAUAUGGAGGCAUGGAUCAGCUGUUUCUCAAGGCAGCUGGCAUGCGCAGUGACUUCGCCAUCACGUUUGGCGCUACAGUAAACUACCAACUUCACAAAUUCCCCCUCUAUUCCAAGACUGACUAUUUCUCCAAGCAUGCUGUGGAGGAGGAGAAGAGCAGCUCCAGGCGGAAUUCUGGAGACCCAGAGAGCUCAGUCAAUGGAAAGCGAGCCCGGCUCGACCUCUCCAACCUCCCCGGCGGAAUCGAGACCUUCAAACUCGUCGCGUGUUUCUGCUACGGCGUUCCCAUUACAAUCACUCCUGAUAACGUGACGGCUCUUUACUGUGCAGCGAUUUACCUGGAUAUGAGAGAUGACCCCCGAGCUGCCAUGUGCGGUGGUCCCUAUGACUGUAACCUGCUGACUCUCGCGUCUCGCCACCUCACCUCGUAUCUGUCUCACCCCCGGGCUGCUCUCACCGUGCUCCAAUCGUGUGAUGCCAGCUCAGCGAUCCGGGCAAGUGCUGAGUCAGCAGGGCUGCUGCUGACCACUGUGAACGCAGUGGCACGACUGGUAGUGAAAGAAUCGGGGAAAGGUCAUGAUGCUUGUGAUGCUUCAGGUGGUGCUGCUGCUGCUGCUGCUGCUGAAGCAGACACAGCAGGCAGGGACGAGAAGGCCAAGGGUAAGAUUGCAGAUGGAGCUGCAAGUGAAGCGGAGGGAAAGACGGACUUGGCUGGCCCUGGCCCCCUGUGGCUGUCGCCGCAGCUGCUGCAGCUGUCCCUCCCCACGUUCGUCCAGCUGCACGCUGCUGUGAGCGCCAUGGGCAUGAGUGCGCUGCAUCUCUGUGCUCUGCUCGAGGCCUACUGCAACACGUGGCUACCUUUCCCUGUGGACGUCUCAUCCACGUCCACGUCAUCCACAGCCACGUCAGCAGACGCCCAAACUACGUCCACGUGGAAACCCAUCCUGGAAGCAGCAGUCGCGCUGCUCUUUGCACUUUCAGCUGGGUCCUCCGCAACAGGGCAGGCUGCUAAAGGGGCUGGGGGGCUGCCGUCCAUUCAGCUGCUGGUGCGACUGCUGCGCCUCUGCCCUGAGGUGGAUGCCAGCGAAUCUGCCAAGUCGCACCUGCAAACCAUGAUCGGCCGUCGGAUCACCGAGUGCCAAGUCGAUCACCUGCUUCCGCUUCCUCCAUCCGAGAUCCUCGCUCUCCUCACAAUCUUCACUUCAAGCACGCCUGAUACAAACGCUCCUGCUGCUGCAAUCACUCACCCUACUAGCUCCUCUGCUACAGCUGUGGAAGGAUCGGCUGCUGCCAGCCUCUCUCAGGCUGCAUCUAUUGUGGACAGUUACUUGAAGGACAUCUCCACCUCUCCAAACAGCAGCAGCAUCAGCCCCGACUCCUUCAUAUCCCUUGCAACCGCACUGCCUCUCACCUGCCGCCCCUCGCACGAUGCUCUCUAUGAGGCAGUGGCAGCAUACGUAGCAGCCAAGGGGUGGGGGGUGGGGGGGUCUGGGAAAGGUUGGGGGGAAGGCGGUGGAGGUGGGGAGAGAGGAGCCGAGGAGGUUAAACUCCUUGUUGGUCUGAUUCAGCCUGAGAAGCUUUCAGAGCCAGUCGCAGAUGCUGCCUCAUCCACCUCCCUCUGGCCGCCCUCCUUCACUGUAGCAGUGCUGACAUGGCAGAAACAGCUGCUCGCAAGCCAUGCACAGCAGGUGGUGUCACGAGGCAGGGUGCUGCAGCAGCAGAGGGAGCAGGCGGAGAGGGAGAGGGAGCAGCUGCAGAGGGAGGAGCAGCAGAUGCAGGCAGAGGUGAAGGAGGAGGAGGGGAAGGCUGUUGCUGUGAGGACGGAUAUCAGGCAGGAGACUCAUGGGCUUACUCAGGCUUUGGUGCAGGUGCGAUCAAGCAUAUCUGAUUUGGAACGAGACCUUAGUGUUGCACUCGAAUCCAAAGCUCGCCCAAAG